AUGACGCUCGCGGCGCAGAUCGCGUGCGCGGUCCCGGCGGCGCACGCCGAGGCGGGGAAGCUGUUCGACUUCGAUCUCACGCUGCCGAUCAUCGCGACGGAAUUUUUGCUGCUGAUGACGAUCCUCGAUAAGACGGUGUUCGGGCCGGUGGGGAAGGCGCUCGACGAUCGCGACGAGCUCAUUCGAUCGCAGCUCGCCGCGGUCGGCGGGAACUCGGCGGAGGUUGAGGCGUUGAUCGCGGAGAAGGAAAAGGUCAUCGCGAACGCGCGCGCCGAAGUCGCGAACGAAGUCACGGCGAUGAAGGCGAAGAUGGACGCCGACGUCGCCGCCGCCGCGGAUAAGGCCAAGGCGGAGGUUGACGCGCAAAUCGCGCAAGCGAUGACGGCGUUGGAUGCCGCGAAGAAGGAUUCGGCGAGCCAAGUGGAUGCGCAAGCGUCCGCGAUCGCGAACCAAAUCAUCCAAAAGGUUGUGAACGUUUAA